AUGGCCUCGUCAGCACUCCAGACACUGCCCGCAUACCUUACGGCGAUGAGAGGUCUGAUAUUCGACAUUGUUAUGCAUAUAUCACCCAUCGUGCCGUCUGGUCAACUUCGCUCGUCGCUCUUGCUCCGCUUGACGGCCGACCUCCUUGAAGCUGUCACUGGAUAUCCCGCGUUUCUCCCUUCCAAUACAUCUCCUGCAACAGAAAAUACAGGGACAAGUGAAGAUGGAAGCGCUGCAGGUGAUGGAGAGGAUGUCAUGAGCACAUCGGGGUCAGAGGGUGGCGUCAAACGGGAAGACAGCGAUGCAACAGCCACAAGCAAAGAUCAACGAUAUCCACUUGUCGAGCUAUACGAUACGCUGGAAGAUCUAGAUCGUGCGUGGUCAGCCGUACUUUCGUGCCAGGUCUGGAACGCCACUGCGCGCAAAGGGGAAGAUAUGAUCAUCGACGCGCCUCUACGACGUCAAGGAGACCGACUAGAGCAUAGAUUCGAAUCGGAGGAGAGGCUCAAGACCGAGGAAGAGGAAGAAGACCUGCAGAUGGAUGAGGAGCGCAGAACAGCUGACGGGGUCGAUGGCAUUGAGCUCUACGCACCGAGUGAGACGGAACAAACCCGACUACGGAGUAUGAUCGUGACGGGCAUGAGUGCGAUUGAGGACUGGUUGGAGGACGCAGAGGCUCCAGACCAAGCGAAGCAGCCAUUCGAGUACGCCUUCAGUACGACAUUGGAGCUCCUUGGAGAGGACAGAAAUGCGGUCUCGUGGGAGGACGAUACAUUUGUUGGCUGUGGUGCUAAAUAG